CCGGGUAGACGAAAGCUGUACCUCCACCAGUGCACAGUUAGCCCCCAGUCUCGGGGGACAUGGAGGCCGCGCGACCAGCGGGGACAUUCGUGGUGGUAGGAGGCGGCAUCGCCGGCGUCACGUGUGCCGAGCAGCUGGCUGUUAACUUUCCAGCAGAAGACAUUCUCCUGGUCACAGCCUCUCCUGUCAUCAAAGCAGUUACAAACUUCAAGCAGGUUUCUAAAGUAUUGGAAGAAUUUGAUGUUGAGGAGCAGCCAAGUUCUGCGCUGGAAAAUCGCUUCCCCAACAUUAAGAUCAUAGAGUCCGGAGUGAAACAGCUGAAGACUGAAGAGCACUGCAUCCUCACAGAAGAUGGCCGUGAGCUUGUGUACAAGAAACUCUGUCUGUGUGCUGGAGCUAGGCCAAAGUUGAUCUGCGAGGGAAAUCCCUAUGUAUUAGGAAUUCGUGAUACAGACAGUGCUCAGGAAUUUCAGAAACAGCUUACAAAAGCCAGGAGAGUUAUGAUCGUCGGGAAUGGUGGCAUUGCUCUUGAGCUAGCGUAUGAGAUUGAAGGCUGUGAAGUGAUUUGGGCCAUAAAGGAUAAAGCCAUUGGGAAUACUUUCUUUGACGCAGGUGCAGCAGAGUUUUUGACUUCCAAGCUCAUGUCUAAAAAAUCAGAGGCUAAAAUUGCACAUAGAAGAACUAUAUAUACAGUAGAAGGAGGAAAAAGGGAAACCAGAACCCAAACUAAAGCUGAUUAUGUGGGCAGUGCCCUCGGACCAGACUGGCAUGGAGGCUUAGAUCUGAAAGGAACAGAAGAGUUUUCUCACAGUAUUCACAUUGAAACCAGGUGUGAAGUAAAGAAAAUCUACCCUCAAGAGGAGUUUAAGAUUGUGAAGAGAAAGCCCUUGGCUUUUCCAAAGGAUCAUGAUCAGGCAGCUCCAGCUGAUAAAGAAAUGUGGCCUGUAUAUGUGGAACUGACCAAUGGGAAAAUAUAUGGCUGUGAUUUCCUUGUCAGUGCUACGGGAGUCACACCAAACAUAGACCCCUUUCUCCAUGGAAACAAUUUUGAUCUAGGAGAAGAUGGCGGCCUGAGAGUGGAUGACCAGAUGCGCACAUCACUUCCUGACGUCUACGCUGCUGGAGACAUCUGCACUGCAUGCUGGCAGCCAAGCCCAGUCUGGCAGCAGAUGAGACUGUGGACACAGGCUCGGCAGAUGGGGUGCUAUGCAGCCAAGUGCAUGGCCACAGCUAGUCUGGGACACUCUGUGGACAUGGACUUCAGCUUUGAACUGUUUGCUCAUGUCACAAAAUUUUUCAACUAUAAGGUUGUGUUGCUGGGAAAAUACAAUGCACAAGGCCUGGGCUCAGAUCAUGAGCUAAUGCUGAGGUGCACCAGAGGACAAGAAUACAUCAAAGUUGUCAUGCAGAAUGGACGCAUGAUGGGAGCUGUCUUAAUUGGUGAAACUGACUUAGAGGAAACAUUUGAAAAUUUAAUUUUAAACCAAAUGGACCUUUCAUCGUAUGGGGAAGAUCUCCUAGAUCCUAAUAUCGAUAUAGAGGAUUAUUUUGACUGA